AUGAAAUAUUACGACUAUGCCCUCAUUCAUGGGGACGUGAAAAGUAGCAGUCGAUGGCACGUCAAAUGGGAGCGGGCCGACCCCUUCUCGUCAAACAAAACGUGUCCUAAGAGCUUUUGGGGGUAUCCCAUUCAUGCGCAUUGUUGGAUGCUUCUUGACCGCUUCAUGGGACAUGGCCUUCUGAUGCAGAAUCUUGGUCUAUUUGUUCAAGCCUUACAAAGAUACUGGGGGGAACACAAGACGGAAUGGGGUUUCGCUUACAUGUGUCCCAGAACGACCGGCCACCGCGAAGAUUAUUCGAAAUGGGUCAGGAAAUUGCGGGUCGGUGCUACGGACCAGCACAACUGUCGCACCCAUUUCCCAGGAAAUCCGUUUCGGAUACCGGCUAUCCAAACAUUAGUUUCUCAAUUCUCGCGUGAUGCUGAUACUGAUCGCCAAGUAUCUUCGGCGUUUUCCUUUAUGAACAUCCUUCCGGAAAUUGCGAUGAUGAUCGUCGAUACCAUAUACGAAUGUCAUCCGCCGAGUAUCGAGAGAAUCAACGAUAUACGGAAUAUGUUGGAAGCGUUCGGAUGGGUUUUGCCCACAUCGUAUUGGACGUCUCGGUUCAAUCCAGAGAUAUUCUUCGAGAUUGACGACCUUAUAAAUUCGAGAAAGGAUAUCAACUUACCCAACCUUGUUCUAGGACUGGAGGAGAUUAUGCUGGAUGAAGAUUGGUUCUGCAAAAGUGGCCUUUACAAUCGCGGUCGAAUAUUGAAGUUAAUCAGUGGCAUCAAAGAGCACUUCCUACAGUUGCUGGAGAGUGAGAACAACAAAACCGCUAGUGACCAAGACAUAGACCUUGCUUUGUGA